GUUUCUGCAAUGUAACUGCAACCAUCUGUGCUGUAUGGGUUAGUCUGAUUACGAAUUGAUAGUUCUAGGAGCAAAAGGUGCCAAAAGGUGCAGAAUCGCUCCAGCAUCCCCUUAGGUUGCCUAAGUUUCGCUACUUCAGUUUUUUUUUCGUAAAAGCCGGGAACGAGUUUUAAUCGGAAAAUGCUUCGUGCGGUCUGUCGCGGGGCAGUCACGUGGGUCGGGCGCGCGACCGCGCACGCGCGGCAAAACGACGAUUUGGGGAACGUCGCGGGGCACGCGAGCGCGUCUGCUGAAGUCGACAGCGGCUGCGCAUGCCUAGGAUCUUCUCCGUACAACCGUCGGCAAGGAAGGGGAGGGGGAGAACUCGGUCGCUGUGUCGCUAUUCGCGCGUGCAGCUACGGAGCUCGGUGUAGCGUACAGCAGCGCACAGUACACAUUCUUCUCGUGGAAAACGUGCGUGCGGUCCAUGCGUACGUGCAUGCCAUACCAACGCUCUCGAAAUCCCGCUGGAACAUGUGACUAUUUCCCAGUGACCACGGUCGGAAGGAUGGAGGCCAUGGAUGUGGACGGCGACUCGGUGGUGGACCUGAGCAUCAGCAGCAGUGGCAGACGCAACUCCCCGUCUCUCCCGUUGAAUUCCGGCGACAUCCCGCUGGACUUGGGGAUACACUUCUCCGCCGGGUCGAAUCUGGAGAACAACAUGCCGGAGGCGCGUAACAUACAGAACGCGGCCCGCGGCAUCCUGGCUCCUAAACGCGGCGACGAGCGCAAGCCGCGCCGCAACCUUCGACCUAGGAUCGAGAGGAGCUACGCCGAGAGUCCCGACGAUUGGCCUAGGAUGAAUGGAUAUCUAAAUGGAAAUGCGUCGGACAGCGACGAAGCAGGUGACAUGCCUCCGAUUCUGCCAAUCAAGGAGCUGUCGUCCGACGAGCUGGCCGAGCGCGAAAGAAUGCUUAGAAAAUAUAAGGAGGAGCUCAAGUCCGAGGAAAUGAAAUUAGUACUUUUGAAGAAGCUGCGCCAGUCCCAGCAACUGAAGGAGAACAUCGCGGCGGCACCCAAGGUUCUCAGCAAACUGCCGCCGCCGAUAACGGCGCAGCAGGUGCCUCACAGAGCCGGGAAAGCGCCGCCGCCUUUACUCAAGGGUCAGCCUGCGCCGAGCAGAAGUAGUAGUUUACAUGCUCCGCCACCCGGCAUGGUGCUACCGCCUACUGCCGGUCGAAAUGCCAUUCCAAGUACAGGCGGGAUGCCUCCGAACAUGGUGAUACCGCAGCCACCUCAUCCUAGAGGUAGACCGCCCAGUGUGGCGGCGGCGACUGUCUCGAGUUAUCACGCGCCGACGGACAGAACGGAGAGGUCGACGAAGGACCCGACGCCGACUCCCGCGCAUCAAGUAAGUAAGCUGCUUGCUGGAUCGCAAGAAAAUAAAACCACCGCAUCCUUAAGCACACCUGUGAAUUCGGAGCAGGAGAGAACAACGCGAGACGAGACACCCGCUCAGCGUCAAGCAGCUGCCAAGAUGGCCCUAAGAAAGCAGCUCGAGAAAACACUGUUACAAAUACCACCGCCGAAACCGCCGCCCCCGGAGAUGCACUUCGUACCAAAUCCCUCCAACACGGAAUUCAUAUAUUUGGUCGGUUUGGAACACGUGGUCGACUUUAUAACGAAGGAGCCGGCCAUACCGCCGCCUCCCGAACCAUUCGAGUGCUCGCAAUGCAAAACAGACUUCACACCCGUUUGGAAGUGGGAAAAGCCUAUGCCCGGUGGUAAAAAGGACAGUCCCAGAGGGCAACACGCGACUUUCCAGCGACCGUCAGCAGGUCGUGACCCAAGGGUCAUAUGUGAGCACUGCGUGACGACUAACGUGAAGAAAGCAUUGAAAGCGGAACACACUAAUCGAUUGAAAACUGCUUUCGUAAAAGCGCUGCAGCAAGAGCAGGAGAUAGAGCAGAGGCUAGCGCAGGCGGCGUGUCCGAGUCCCGACCCUCCGGCCCCGAAACCAGUUCCUAAGGCAGCAACUCCCACAAGAAGAGUGGCCACACCACCUGCCCCUCCGCCGCAGGUACCGCCGGCACCUACGUUAACGCCGACGCCCCCCGCGCCGAAAAUGCAAGAGCAUCCCUUGGUGAAGCUGGCCGCGGAGAGCGGCAAGUUCGGCCCGCAUCACGCAGCUGCCGCGGCAGCCUUGCAGCAACAAUUGCUCAGAGAGUUGGCGAAGAAUCCAGUACCCGGUUUACCGCCGCAUCAACCUCUUCCUGCUCACAUGAUGCCGCAUUUUACCUCUAUACUGUAUCCCUAUCAAUUAGCGAUGGCUGCCGGUGGCAAAGGCCUCGUAGAGCUACAACGACAAGCGGCGGACCUUCAACGUCAAUAUCUGCUCGAUAUGAUUCCGUCGCAGGCGUCUCAAGCGCAAGGCAAUCAAGCACCACCGAGAGCCCAUCCGCAUAACUGGAAAACGUAACCGGACGCAUUUAAGGGAUGAUCUAGCGGUAAAAAGAAAUGCGAACAGUGAACGUGUUUGGGAAGAACGUGUUUGAAAGGAACGUGUUCGAAAAGAAAUGGAAAAUAGAGAGGCAUAAGGGGAAAUUUAGCAAAGUGUGCAGCCGUAAUUCUGUUCGCCUGAAUGUUACACUACGAUGCCAACCGGAACAUUUAGUGUCUGUUAAGGUAAAGCUCAACUUCAAGGGAUGACAUUCACUAAUAUUGUAUAAAGGAUAAUUAAUCGUGUGAAUAUGUCAAUUGACGUGUACGUUUACGACUUUAUUGUUAUCUAAGGGGUAAAGGUUUUAUUUCCGUCACUGAAACGUGCACUCUACGUACGCAUGAGUUGGAAUACACAAAUCGCGUCGCGUCUAAGUGAUCACAAUUCAUUGUUUAGUGGAGACCAACGGAACUCCCUCCCCCCCGUAUUGGAAAUGUCGUUCGUUUCCCUUUUCUCGAACUUUUCUCUUACACGUUAUAGUUUCGUUAACGUGUCGUUAACGUGUCGUUAACGUUAUCCACUGAACAACUGAUAUAUAAACAUAAUAAUUAAUUUAAGCGUAUCAGCAAGCAUAUUAUAAUAUUGAAUACAAUUGCUUGGAUUAUGAACACCGAGUUGCCUAACUAGGCGCGAGUGAGCGAUCACCCCCCGCUGUUUUUGUUCUUUGUGCGUAUUGUCUAUCCUGUCUCAUUUGUCGUUAUAAUAAUGAAUGUUAUUAAUAGCAAAGUACGUUGUUCACUUGCGCAUAUUGUACAUUUGCGCAAGAUUCCGCUGUAUCUUCUCAUCUCUCUCUUGAUUCUGGUCUGUUCGUAAGUGAGUAUCUGUCUAAUACGGUGGAAAGUAAAAACGUUCGCUCGCUCGCUCGCGUGAUGAUGUGUCGUAAGUUAGACAACUCUGUUAUACAACAUAAUAUAAAGAACCAAAUAGACGUUUACAAGGCACUAAAUAAAUCAAUAAUAAGUGUAAAAUGACUGCGAUUAUUAACAAUCGGAUUAUUAACAAUAAUAGAGAUAAUCGCGGGAAGGAAAGGCACGAGUGUAAGACGAGGUAACGAAGUCGAUGGAAAGGAUCUUUCUAGGCCCUUAGAUAGUUAAGACGAUUUUUGCCGGUGGCUUCAGCGAGUUGUGCGAUCACCGGCAGUACCUGUAUUAUGUGUAUAUCAUUAUUUUGUCCGAACUGUAUUUUUAAGGUGAGUUUCACGCAAGAUAGAAAGUAGCUAUAUACGCGAGAGAAAAGGUAAAAAAAAAAUUAUGUUUGUAAGAAAGCGCGAGUGAGUGGAUUAUAAGUCAGCACCUGUGAGAUGUAUAGCAAUCUUUUUCUCUCUUGACAUACGGCGGGGUAUGCGAGUCUAGUGGAGAGCGACACACGAGUGUUAUAUUUGCGCACAAAAUGAAUUUUCUUGCGCGACGUCAAGGUCGUACGUUAAAUCGGGGCCUCGUGUCACGCGCAAGGACCACGCACUCGGGGCGCGUUGUAUACACACGACUUAACAUGGACUGUUCUUGUUGAAAACGAGACUCAGAUGAAUCUGUAACGGUAAUUCGGGAUUCGAGUUAACGCAGCGCGAUUGAUUUCAUGUCACAUUUGAUGUACCAAGUAUUUAAAGAAAACUUACUAGAGGAGAUACGUAAUCGAGAUUUUUGCGAAUUGUUACAACACGGCGACCGCCGGAUUUUUACGACGUCCUCUACGAGUCUGCACUUGAACGAGUUAAAAAAAAAGUACUCCGGCACUUGUCCCCAGUAAUACCAGUUCUACCCCCACCCCCCACCCCCCUCCAUCUUUCUCCUCCGCUGAUAGUCUGAUUUAAUUAAUUCUGGGCUAACCGAUCUUGGUCUCAUACAUUUCCGAAUCAAUUAAAUAUAUAGUACUAUAGUCUUGAUAUUUCUCGGUAUAUGAUACAACUUAAUAAACUAAAAUAGCGCAUAAUCAUCUCUCUUUGUACUACGUGAUAGAUUUUGAACUCGUACUUGAUAUACAUGUACACCAUAAUAAGUCUACGAUCGCAUAAUAGAUCAAGAUCUGUGUUUUUUGUGUAAGAGAAAACGUAAUAAUAUGUCGUCAACUAAUUACCGUCAUCGGGGCACUACCGUCGUCGUCGUCGUCGUCGUUGUCGUCGUUAUCCUAACAUGAGACCCGGGAGCGAAAUAGAAUGACAACAUGAAAGAGGAGAGAUUCUUAAAAGCUUGAACGUACUUCCCCGAGAAAAUGGAGCGAUUUUGUUUAUAUAAUUUGGAUAAUCGACGGCCGCUUCCCAGUUGUUUUACUUGACACAAGUCCAUUUUUCCUCAAACAGCAAUUCAAAUUAAAUUGUGUAAACGAUUACGAAUUAAUUAUGUUAUUUCAAUUCAAUUAUAAUAUUCCUAGUUUCUUAAAUCAGUUUAAUUGUGCGUAAUUAAGUUAUGAUUAAUGUGUCUGUUAUCAAUUUUCCUAUACUAAGGUAAUUAAAUUAUUGACUGGCCACUUUCUCGAUUCAUCUGAAAACUUGAAAAUGACAUCUGACGUCAAUGAAGUUUCACGUAAAACUACUUGGAAACGAGCUUCAUCAAUUCCGCAAUCGCUUACGAGAUUUGUAACGAAAGGAUUGAUAUGAGAAUUUGAAUUUGUUUCCUAAUACAAACGGAUAUGUGGAUAUCCGAUAUAAAUGAUGUAAACGGAAAAAAAGUACUGUUUAAUUUUUUCUAUAAAAUUAAUGGUGCAGACAUGUGCCUGAAAUAUAUGAUUUAUAUGACUCCUGGAAUUUACGCUGAUUCGGUAAAGAGCAAAGUAUCGUCAUCGUCAUCGUCAUCAUCGUCAUCGUCAUCGUCAUCAUCAUUAUUAUUAUCUACAAAUAGAUUAACUACAUUCGGUAAAACCAGAUUGCGUCUCGUUUCUCACAGACAAAAAGAAUACGUUUCUUUCUAUUUUUUCUUUUCUAGUCUUGUCUCUCUUUAAUCUCUGUGUGGUGCUGUUAGCAAUUAAGCGCUUUCAAAGUGCGAAAGAAUUUUAUAUCCUAAAAAAAAAGAAGAGAAACUCUCUUUUCGCUACACGACAGAAACGAGGGAUGGCGAAUAUUUAGCAGAACUAGAAUUCUAAGGCGUUCGCGAGAUGCAAGGAAAAAAGGGGGAAAAAAUACGGGUCGGCUUUGUCGCCCGCUCGUUUUUGCGGGGGACGCAGACACAGUUUCACAAUUACGAAUAUUAAGCCGUUGAAGACUGCGUGGCGUGCGCACAUUUUUUAUUUUGUCAAGAAAAGGAAAUUGCGAAAUUCGUACACUGAUCUUGGAACAUUUGCCCGAAUGAAAAGCGUUGUCCCCACGAUUUAUAGAAUUAGUAGAUAAAUAAAGAUUACCGAAUACUCUGGAAACUAUACGAAUAAAGCUUACCAAUGAUUGUAUUAAAAGGUGAUAUUUAUUUAUCUUUUGUAAUAUUUUCGUUCGUUUUUCUUUUUGGAUUAACGCAUCUGCGAGACUUUCGUUCGUAUUGGUAAUUAAUCUAUAUUUAUAUCGCCGAGUCCAAGAUUAUGUGUGUUCUGUUAUAGUUAUUUCUUAAUUAUUCAAUGUCUUGCCAACGAUAAAAAAAAUAAAAUGCUGGUGGUAUAUGAA